AUGUUGCUACAAAACUUCGCUGCGCUGGCCCUAUUAUUCCUGUCAAGUUUAGUGGCAGCAGGUUAUUUCCCAAAUUGCAGCCACAACAAUUGCUACCGCGCCUUCAAUGGAGACGCAUAUGCCGAGGAGGCAAAAUCGUUCUGCUCGGUAUUUACAACUGGAAUAACACUUUCCGUUAACGACGCUCCAACGCAUGCCAUAAAAAAGUGCACCAGAGUGGCUCAGUUAUCUUCUGUUUGCAGGUGCGCGUAUGGCACUCCUACCCCAGGUGCGGAACCACGCACUACCUCAUCGAAAUCGUCUUCAACCACAUCGGAAUCAGCCUCCGCGCCUACUUCUACCACCUAUAAGUCUACUUCGGUUUCCGCUUCGGAACAAGUCACGACAUCGUCCUAUGCAAGCUCGAAACAGGCCACAACAACUUCAUCCUCAUCCACUUCACAACAGAUCAUAUCCUCUACAUCGCAACAGAAUUCUGCCAUCUUGACCACCUCGCCCAUAUCGAGGCAAGCUACAUCGUUCUCUUCUUCAACUGAAGGAGAUGUCAGCCUCACAACGUCUUUCGCGGCCCCCAAGAGUAGCUCCGAUUCCUCGGUCUUGCCAAGUGUUCCGCUCUCCAGCAUCACAGUAAGCUCGAGUAUACCAACGGACACCUUAUCUGAGAUACUGGGUGUCCCCUCAUCAAGCUCCGGAUCGAGUCUUUCCAGUGGCGAGAGCAGCAUCGUCGGCGAACCAUCAAUAUCACCAACAGAAUUUUCUUCAGCCCUCUCCGGAACCCUACUAACAUCAUUGGCGCCGUCCAUAUCUGAGACCACUCUGACAUCCCAGACCGCCGAUGCCACAUUUGCGACUUCUCUACCAAAUGACGAAUUCAGCAGUUUAGCGAGUUCCUCGUUGGUUUCGUUGCCAACUGUAUCGCCAUUCGCAUCCGAAGCUGUCUUUUCGACGGUCCGAAGCACUUUCACGCCCGUCGGUGCCACUUCCAGCCUGUUAGGAACUGAGUCCAGUCUCCAAGCGACGCCAUCGUCAUCAACCCUUACCCGUGGAGAUGAUUUCUCUGGCUUUUUUUCACAGGAAACAUAUGUCUCAAGUUCCGUCCCCACCUUGGCCACAGAGCCCUCAGAUGUGCCUCUCGCAUCAGCUACGCCAUCGGUCACUGGUGACCUAUACUCGGUGUCUAGUCUGACAGAGGCUUCAUUGAUGGCGAGCUCUGCGGCCGUGCCUGAACUCACCUCCUCUUAUGGUGUUCCCGAAAUCAGCUCGACGGCCACUCAAUCCCCUAUCACUUCGUACAUCGUCCUAGAAACAACCUCAGUGCCUUCUGCCGAGACGCAGGUCUUCAGCUCCUCUGUCACAGACCUGAUUCCGUCUUUCACCGGCACAGCAUUUUCAAGCUUCACAACUACACCAGAGAUAUCCUCUUCAUUCGUCGAAUCUAGCUCGGUUCCAACAGCAACAGAAUCCUCGAAUCUUGAAAUUUCUUCUUCGCUAAGUGACUCGAUUCCGGCCACCUCUUCAUUGAUCGGUACAAGUUCAGCGGCUCUAAGCUCGUUCUCAAGCCUUGUCUCGCCGCCAGAGUCCACUCCGAGACAGGUUUCCACUACCGAGGUGCUGACAAUCUUGUCGAGCGUCCAGACGAGUAUUGCUGUAAGCUCCUAUGACUCCCCGGUCUCGAGCGAAGCCAUCUCGACAACAAUACCCGUACCGGAGUCCUCGCAACUGAUCCCCUCGGCAUCGUCGGUCAUCAGUGCCUCUCUGUCGGAGAGCCUAGCCGCAGAGACUCCUUCCCGUCUUCUUUCUUCCUCUGUCGCGGACUUCUCAACCAGUGGAUUGCAGACAAGCGGAGAACCAACUCGUGGUUCCCUGAUCCAGGGGUCUUCGUCUCUGGCUUCUUCUCAGGGUCAAACGACUACGCCGGCAACCACGAUACCAGCAAGCAGCUCCUCUACCGAGCUAUCGGUACCGCUCCCAGUCUUGGAGUCUUCAAGCGUGUAUAUCACUGCCACCGAGAUUACUACCUCCUCGACACAAGUCUCCGUCAGCAAUGUAUUCCCAGAAGCUUCUUCAAGCGUGGCUGUGGAUGUGCCGUCAGCGAUCGCUACGCUGCCUAUUAGCUCCGCCAUAUUUGGAAUCAGCUCGACCAGCACAGCUGUACCAGAGUCAUAUCAAUCGGCGUUCUCAGCCUCCACAGCAGAAAGCAGUCUCUCUCCUUCGGAGAAUCUGCCAUCCAGCACGCCUUCAUCGCCAGAGAUAUUUUCCAGCCCUAGUUCCUCUCUUGCCGUCAGCUCACCAAUCACCGAAGUGCAACCGAGCACGGUUGUAGAUGCUGUUUCGCUCACUACGGAAAUCAUUGCUAUCUCUUCAAGCGUAGCGACAGAUGUAUCGACCGUUGCCCCCCCAGUCAGUUAUCCAAGCAUCGUACCACUCUCGACAAUUGCCAGCCUGGAACCCAGCAUCGUAACUCUGACCCAAUCACCAAGCAUCAAUUCCGAUGCCCAGUCGACCUCUGCCACCCUGAGUCCUCCAGGAGAGCUCUCACCAUCGACAGUCGCAAGCUUUCCGCCUAGUAGUUCGGGACUACCUUCGGCCACCGCAUCCUCGACCCCUGUUUCUGAUGGCGAAUCUGCACUUGCCACAUCGAGCUUCACAGUAGGAGCAUCCUUAACAUCGACUCUUGAAUCACCCUCGACGUUCAUUCCAGAUGUCUUCUCGAGUCUGCCCCCGACAUCGACCGCCGGAAGUCUCCAGCCUAGCAGCUCUGGAACUUCCUCCGGUCCUGAAUCCCCACCUACUACAGUUAAAAUCCAGUCGAGUUUUAUCACCGUCAGCUCUCCAGCCGUAACGCCCUCCGCCUCGCUCUCGCUUUUGGCAAGCUCCGAGGUCGUCUCCACGUUCUGGAGUCUCAUCACUGGAUAUCCCAGCCUAAAUCCCGAUGAUCAGUCGACCUUCGUCGCCGCGACCAGAACAGCCCCGCUCUCGGGCUUCGUCCCAGAUCUUCAAAUCAGCAGCUUUGGGAUCCCCUCCGACGUCCUUUCGGGCACGGCCGCGCCGCGUACCGUGGCCCCAAGCAAUACCGAGACAGGGUCAUCAACCCUCGCUCCAGGUACGCCCUUAUCGACGGACGAUUUGGUCGCCAGCAUCCCUAUCAUCUCCCAGAGCAUCGGAGGAGAUAUUGCAUCCUUGAUAGCGAGUGCCGUGCCCAGCUCUGCACCGGUUCUCUCAAUCGAGACCCCAAGCCGCCCAUCGCCACCCAGCGAAACAUCGCCGGUCGACCCCCAGCCAACGACGUUUCUCACUCUAGUCUCCAUCUCCACCUUCCAGACGAUUGAAGUGCCCGAAUCUCUCGCUUCUUCCGAAUCGCUCCCGAGUGCCGCCGCGGUGACAGCGGACUAG